AUGCACUUCCUUUUCCGUACUGGAGCUGUUGCUCUUCUUGCCAUCAACGCUAUCGGCCACCCUACCUCUUCGCACCAGAGCCGUGGCAAUAUCCAGGCCAGAAAGAUUGACUUGGAAGCUUUCAGACUCACCACUGCGAGUACCUACACCAACGCAAGCACCGCUGCUGAUAUUGAGCCCUCCGCUGGCCUUGUGAGACCAGCCGGCUAUGUCAACACCGCCACCGCUUUGGUGCGGUCUGUUGCCCCUAGUGCUGAGUUUCGCCUGGUGGAGGAUCACUACGUAGGAUCAAACGGUAUCGCCCACGUCCACUUCAAGCAAACUGUUCACGGUCUGGACAUUGACAACGCCGACUUCAACGUCAACGUUGGCAAAGAUGGAAGGGUUUUCUCUUUUGGGGACUCUUUCUACGAUGGAGAGUUGCCAGCUGUGAGCCCGAUAGUGAAGCGUGAUCAAGUCGAACCUACUGCGGCGUUGAAGGGCGCCGCCGCGGUCUUGGACCUUCCCAUCAAGGCUUCCGAAGCUGUCGCAAUCCCCCAUCCCGAACAGACUUUGCAAUACUAUCUCAUUCAAGGCGCUGAGGGUACCGUGUCUGAGCCCAAGGCGAAAUUGGUUUACUUCCAAGACGCUGACAACAACCUGACUCUGUCCUGGAGAGUAGAGACUGAUAUCACCAACGACUGGCUCCUCACCUAUGUCAAUGCUGUCAACGCUCAACACAUUCUUGGUGUCGUUGAUUACGUGACAGAUUCACGGUGGAAUGUCUACCCGUGGAUGGACGUCGCCGACCCUGACAAGGGAAGCCGCGGUAUCGAGACCGACCCUCAGAAUGCAGAGGCGUCCGAGUGUGGAUUCCUCGGAACCGGUACCACCACCUACACCGUGACGCGUGGUAACAAUGGAAUCGCUCAGGCCAACUUUGAAGGUGAUCAGUCUUACAUCAACGAUUUCCGCCCGGAUGGAGGCGCAUCGGGAAUCUUCGACUUCCCGUAUAGCCCUGCUCCUACCGACGCCGAGUCGUACGCUGCCGCCUCGGCUGCUCAGCUCUUCUACACGUCCAACAUGAUGCACGACUUGUACUACGUCCUCGGAUGCACCGAAGCGGCGGGGAACUUCGAAGUCAACAACGACGGCCAAGGUGAUCUCGGAAACGACCCUUCCGGCGGCAUGGGCGAAGGCUGGGGAGACUUCUACGCGAUCGCCAUCUCCCUGAAGGCCCGCGAGACCCGCGCCGCCGACCGCGCCAUGGGAGACUGGAUCAACAGCGACCCGGCCGGGAUCAGAACGUACCGCUACUCCACCCGUCUCGCCACCAACCCCCGGACCUACGCGUCCGUCAACACCCAGAGCCGGGUCCACACCAUCGGCACGACCUGGGCCGCCAUCCUGUACGCGGUCCUCUGGAACCUGAUCGACGAGCACGGCAUCACCGCCUCCCGCACUCCCACCGUGGACGCCGACGGGGCGCCCACCGACGGCAGGUACCUGGCCAUGAAGCUUGUCAUGGACGGAAUGGCCCUCCAACCCGGCUCCCCAACCUUCAUCACGGCUCGCAACGCCAUCAUCGACGCCGACCUCGCCCUGACCGGUGGUGCCAACCGCUGUCUCCUGUGGAAGGCCUUCGCCAGGCGCGGUCUGGGCAGCGCCGCCGCCGCCGCCGCCGCCGCCCAAGGAACCGGAGCCAACAGACGCAUAGAGGACUACUCUCUGCCAAGCGGCUGCUAG